CCCAGGUCGCUUCCAGCAGGUCCAAGCUCUGGCCGCCACGGCCGACGCGUUCUUCUGCCUCUACUCCUACGUCUCCAAGACCCCCGUGCAGCGCAUCUCCCCCUCGCGCCUCGCCUGGGCCGACCCCGACAUCCCCGAUAUCCGCGUCCCCCCCGCCCAGCCCGCCGUCCUCUCCCCUGGGGACCGCCUGAAGAAAGCCGUGGCCAAAAUGUGUCUGUACACGGCCCCCCGCGCCGGGGGGAGCCCGCCGGGGGGCGGCGCCCUGGGCAGGGUGGUGCAGGAGGUGCUGGAGCGGGCCAGGGAGGAGAGGUUUCGCUUCGACCCCCCCGAUGGGGAGGGUGGGGAAAGGGACGUUGGUGGGGUGCCCCUGGGGACGUCACCGCACCGAGCCCCGGGGGCUCUGCAGGCAUCCCCGUGGCCCGAGCGGGGUGUCCCCAAGUGUCACCGGCAGCCAGGGCUGUCCCCAAGGCUGGCCCCAGAGGGGAUGGACAAUGCCGAGGAGCGUCCCCGUUGCCUGAGCCCUUCGGCCGGGGGUCUGCCGUGGGCUGGGGGUGCUCCGUGCCCAGUGGGGACAGGACAGGGUGGCACAGAGGAUGGACGGCUGUGGGCGGACGUCGCCUCGUCCCCAGCUCCGUGCGCUGCGGCCACCCGUGGCGGGUGGGUGUGUGCCACCCCCGAGCAGCCGGGAGCCGAGGGGGACUCCGGGUUUGGCUCCAGCCCCUGGGGGACCUCCCCCGGGAGGAAGGAAGGGGCCCAGCCCCCCGGCGAGCCCCUGGACUCCUGCGGGGCAUCGUCCCCUUGGUCCCACCAGCCAAGAGAUGGAGGCCAACGGGCCCGGCAGAGCAGGGGACGGCACCGGGAGCGUGACCAGAGGGACACCAGCCGGUGGCAGGGGGAUGCACCGGGGCUGCACCCCCCCGGGAAGGCUCCGGCGGUGGGGGGGCUCUCCCCCCAUCACCCCAGCUGGGCAGAGACACGUUGCAGCCAGGCCCCGGACUCCUUCGAGAUGGAAGAGGUGCCGAGCGCCGGCGAAGACGACGGCGAUGCCCACGAGGAAGCCGGCUGCUUCCUCCCUCUCUCCCUGCGGGCCCGGAGAAGCUUGAUGCUGCAGGGGGGCAGCGGCCACUCCGACAGCAGCGGCUUCGUGGAGGAGCCGCUGCCCGAGCAGACGCCGUGAGACCCCCGAGGGACCCCCCCCACUGCUCGCCCUCACCGCGGCGCCAGCACCGGCCGGGAGCCACCGAUGGGUGCACGAGGGAUUUUGCCCCAGCUGCGUUUCGGACCCCGGAGGCCGACCUCAGCCGAGGGCUGAGCACCGCGUGGACACGCGUGUCUGGGUGUGAGCGUGCGUGCACGUGUGUUGUGUGUGUGUGUGUGUGCGCGCACCCCGUGGUUGUGCUGCACCAAAAACCUCUCGACUCAGGACUUUCAACCCCCAGCAGCACCAGCAUCCCCCCCACCCCCCAACCCCCUCGCCCUGUUCUUUGUUUUUCGGGGCUCCACUAGCACUUUGGAAACGCUCUGCUCCCCCGGCGCGUGGAACACUAGGACGGGGGUUUGCCGGGGCAGAGCCCACAGCACACUGGAAAUAAAAUUCCCCAAGGGA